UAAAUUUCCUCUCAAAAUGAAGACUCUGGGUUUCAUUUUAUGUUGUCUGGGUGUCAUUUUUGCAGCACCGACUCCCAAGGAACAAAGUGCUGCUGGACCACCCAGUAUAGAAAUAAUCAUGCCAUAUGGGUUCCCCAACCAAGCAUUUGGAGCUCCCCAACAACCAGAAAUGAAUCAACAUAAUCCUGUUUUACCAGAAUUACAGCUCCCUCAUGUUCCUUCUGGGCCAGUUAGCAUUGAAAUUGUUUAUCCUUAUGGAUACAAUGGCCAGAAAUUUGGACUACCACAGUCUCCAGUUUUUUCUUCUCGAGGAUAUAUUAAACCAAAAGUGCCAAAGCCUGCUGGCAAAGAAAGCAAUGAAGUAAAGGCAAAUACUGAUGAUGCCAAACCCGACGCACCUCAAGAGCAACAGGCUCCUGGAGCACCAAGCCUUGAAAUUAUGGUUCCAUUUGAAUUUGUAAACCAAGCAUUUGGACCUCACCACCCACAGCAAGGAUUUAACAACCCAGAUGGCCCAAUUCAUCAGUUAGCACAACUGCAAGCUGGGGGACAUCCUGUCAGCAUAGAACUUAUGUAUCCUUAUGGAUUCUCUGGACAAGCAUUUGGAGUUCCACAACAGCCAGCGAUGAGAAAUCCUGCUGCUGCUAUUCCUCAAAUGCCUAGUCAGCAUGCACCCACUGGACCUGUUAGUAUUGAACUGCUGUACCCAUACACACAUCCAGGGCAGAAUUUUGGACCUCCACAAAACCCAUCAUCUCCACAUCAUCCACCAUCCCAAACACCUCAAAAAACUGGACCUGGAGGACCUGCCAGUAUUGAAAUUAUUGUUCCUUAUGGACUUCCAAAUCAAGGCUUUGGCCAUCAUGCCUCUGUAAUUCCAUCCCAAGGAUUUAUCAAACAUGAGGUUCCACAGCCCCCUGGUCAUCCUAGCCUUGAAAUUCUGUACCCCUAUGGAUUUGGAAACCAGCAACAGAUGUUUCCAUUUGGAAAGAUACCACAGACCAUGACACAGAUGGUGGACCAACAGAACCAGAAUGGAUUCUCUUCCUUUGCAAAUUCUCCUAAAGACCCAACCGUAGAGAACAUUAACGCGGGUGGAGUGGCAAAUCUUGAAGACCCUAAAAAGCCAGCACAGUCCAGCCCAAAAGUUCAACUUCCUUAACCAUCUAGUUAAACGUAAUGCUGGGCAUUUGAUCACCUUAAACUGACAAGAGCUGAAAGAAGGAUGUGUAAGGAUCCACUGCUUCUCAAUGCUGUUUUCAUCUAAAUAUGACCCAAUGUGGUUUAUUUUGCUAAAUAGCAAUAAAAUAUCUUCUAGGUAUCAGCAGGUGUUUUUUCCUUUGUUUACUUUUAGAAGUUUAGAAGAGUUAUUUUUCUGAAAUAUGUUAAAAUUAGGGGAACAGUUUAUGUAAGGAGAAAGGGUUUAUUUUUGUUAAUAUGGUGUGCCAAGUACAUUUUACAACUGUUGAAAAUGGGUAUGAACAGAAUGUUUCAUUUUAUAUACAUUAUAUUUGUGCAAGAAUUGCAUUAAGAUCUGUAAGUUGAAAUAUUAUGGUUUAAAUCUGUUUUGCACACAAAUAAAAAUUUAAAAUCCUGCAAA